AAGCACAAAGUGACACAGUUCAGCUCUUUCUAACGCUUACAAGCAAACCUCAAUUUUGUACAAAAAUGAUGAAGUUCAUCUGCCUACUUGCCCUGGUGUCGGUGGCCUUGGCCAGCACAUCGCAGCUUCCAGCGGCCCCACUGCCGGUGUUGAUGCGCCAAGUUCGAGCAGCUGAAGUGCCACAGCCACAGAAUGCCCAGCCCAAAACGGAUUCCGUGGGUGCCGAAGACCUGGAAGGGGCCGAAACGUUCUUCCACAAAAAGAUCUACGUCGUUCCGGCGUUCGGCUAUGGAGGCUAUCACGGUGGAUACUACGGACAUGGUUACGGCUAUGGUGGAUACGGAUACGGUGGAUACGGUUACGGAGGUUAUGGAUAUCCCCACUAUUAUUAAGUGAGGAUGCAUUUGUAGAUAACUGUGUGCUCUCUACUGUCGAAGUCAAUUUACUCAAGUGUUCCAAAUAAAAAUUAUUUUUAA